AAGAAAAACAAAAACAAAAACAAAAAAAACCCAGCACGGCGCUCCAUUAAUCUCCCUUCUUCUCCUUCUCGCUGCUCUUCCCCAGCUCAAAAUCUCCACCGUCUUUCCCUCAAAAUAAUGGCCGGAAAAACUCAAACUCUAAUCCCCACCUGCUCUCUCCAACUCGCUCUCCUCACUCUCGCUGCCCUAACCCUAACAUCCUUCACUCUCCUCUCUCUCCGAUCCCUCCGAUCUCAGCCCCACGAAUCCCCUCUCAAUCCAUCUCAAUCGCUCUCCUCCUCAUCGUCCUCUUCGAUCUACAAAUCUCCUGAAAUAUUUCACUUGAACUACAAUCAGAUGGUCAGAGACUUCAGGGUUUACAUUUAUCCUGACGGAGAUCCCAAGACUUUCUACCAGACGCCGAGGAAGUUGACGGGGAAGUACUCGAGCGAGGGGUACUUCUUUCAGAAUAUUCGAGAGAGUUCGAUGAGGACUGAGGAUCCGGAGCAGGCUCAUCUCUUCUUUGUUCCCAUCUCGCCUCAUAAGAUGAGGGGAAAGGGAACAUCUUAUGAGAACAUGACCAUUAUAGUUCAGAAUUAUGUUGAAGGCUUGAUAAGCAAGUACCCUUACUGGAAUAGGACCUUGGGCGUGGAUCAUUUUUUUGUUACUUGCCAUGACGUUGGUGUUAGAGCAUUUGAAGGACUACCCUUCAUGAUCAAAAACUCCAUAAGGGUGGUCUGUUCUCCAAGCUAUGAUGUUGGAUAUAUCCCACACAAAGAUGUUGCUCUUCCACAAGUACUUCAACCAUUUGCACUUCCAGCUGGUGGAAAUGAUAUUGAGAACAGGACAAUACUUGGUUUCUGGGCUGGGCAUCGGAAUUCAAAGAUUAGAGUUAUCUUGGCGCGAGUUUGGGAGAACGAUACAGAACUUGCCAUUAGCAAUAAUCGCAUAAACAGAGCUAUAGGAGAGUUGGUUUAUCAAAAAACUUUUUAUAGGACUAAAUUUUGCAUUUGUCCAGGUGGCUCCCAAGUCAAUAGUGCUCGAAUAACUGACUCUAUUCACUACGGAUGCAUUCCAGUAAUCCUUUCUAAUUACUAUGAUCUGCCAUUCAAUGACAUCCUUGACUGGAAGAAGUUUUCUGUAGUACUAAAAGAGAAGGAUGUCUACCAGCUCAAGUCUAUUCUUAAAUCUAUACCACAUGAAGAGUUUGUUGCACUACAUAAGGGAUUAGUUGAGAUCCAGAAACACUUUGAGUGGCAUUCACCUCCAGUCCCUUAUGACGCAUUUCACAUGGUAAUGUACGAUCUUUGGUUGAGGCAUCAUGUUAUCAAGUACUGAAGUUGUUGACUACAUAUACUUCUAUGUGCCGUGUUUUCCGGCAUGAACACUAAGUUCUAGAGAAAGAGGGCCUCGACAUUUGGGAUCUGAAGCUACAAAUGAAAUGUUGAAACAAGUCCUCCGAAUAGAUCAUACUUCGUCUCAAAAGUGUAGAAGAUGAACUGUUGGGUGUUUGCAGAUUUUGAUUACUGAGCUGUAAGUGUAUUUCCACAGUACAUGUAAAUGAUUCAUCUUUCUUUUGUGUCCAUAUCUUUAUUCUUUUCCCAAUGGUCUUGUUGCUUCUCUGGAUAACUGACAUUGAUGUUUGCCUAAAUGCAAUAUUGACAACUCCCCA